AUGGAUCCUCAGCAUUUGGUACCUUUCCCCUCACUCAAUGUAAUAGAAGAUUUGAUUAUCAGGAAGAAAGUGGGGAACUGCGUGCCCGUGUUUAUCGAGUUUCCCGCAGAUCUCUUGACACCAUGUAUGGCCUACCUCCGCCUCGCCAAAGACUCCAAGUACAGCUUCAUCCUUGAGAGUGUUAUUGCUGGGGAGAAUAUCGCGCGCUAUAGUUUCAUUGGGGCAGACCCAUUCAAGGUUAUCCGAUCUGGACCAAGUCAUGAAGUUACAGGCGAUCCCAUGGCAGCGCUCCAGCGUGAACUGAGAGCAUACAAGUAUGUCAAGAUCCCCGAGGUACCCACAUUCACCGGGGGUGCGAUCGGCUACGUGUCCUAUGAUUGCAUCCAAUAUUUUGAACCCAAAACUGCACGCCCGUUGACCGACCCGCUCGGGAUUCCCGAGUCAGUAUUUAUGCUAUGCGACACUAUCAUAGUGUAUGAUCAUUUGUACCAAAACGUCAAGGUCGUUUCGCACGUAUUUGCGCCAACCGUCACUAGCGCCUCUUCGUCAGAGACCAGCUCAAAUUUGUCAUUUAUUUACCAGACGGCAGUUCAGAAAGCCCGACGUGCCGCCAAGGUUGUUCUGGCGAGCCAUACGCCCCUUGUCUCCCAGCCGAUUAUCCAGCGAGGAAAUACGGCCGUGUCGAAUGUUGGGAAGGUGGGCUAUGAAGGCUUCGUAACUCAGCUGAAGAAGCAUAUUGUUGCGGGCGAUAUCAUCCAAGCUGUUCCAUCCCAGCGGUUGGCACGCAAGACGAAUCUCCAUCCAUUCAAUGUCUAUCGACAGCUCAGGCAAAUUAACCCUAGCCCCUACAUGUUUUAUAUCGAUUGCGGUGAUUUGCAAGUCGUUGGUGCUAGCCCUGAGACAUUAUGCCGAGUCGAAAACAACAAGGUAUUCAACCAUGCUAUUGCGGGGACAGUGAAGCGAGGCAAGACCCCAGAAGAGGAUGCCGAACUUGGGGCGCAACUACUGGCAUCUGCCAAAGACCGAGCAGAGCACAUUAUGCUCGUCGAUCUUGCUCGGAACGACGUUAACAGGGUUUGCCAGCCCAAGACAGUCAAAGUAGACGAACUUAUGCGACUGGAGAAGUUCAGUCACGUAAUUCAUCUUACUAGUCAAGUAUCUGGCCUCUUGCGUGAGGGGAAGAAUAGGUUCGACGCAUUCCGUUCGAUCUUCCCGGCCGGGACGGUGUCAGGAGCGCCCAAAAUCAAGGCAGUCGAGUUGGUUUCUGAGUUGGAAGGGGAACGACGUGGUGUAUAUGCGGGAGCAGUCGGAAGAUUUGAUUUUGCGGAUGACGAGAUGGAUACAUGCAUUGCUAUUCGAACUAUGACAUUCAAAGAUGGCAUCGCCUACUUGCAGGCAGGAGGUGGAAUUGUGUUCGACUCUGUCGAAGAAGACGAAUACAUUGAAACCUUGAACAAGUUAAGCGCGAAUAUGCGCACAAUUGAUAUGGCUGAAGAAUAUUACUACAACAUGCAACAACGUUCUGGCCAACUUUCAUAG